GUCAAAGUUUAUAAUAUUUGGCGCCACGGAUGUCUUCAUAAACAUCGGGUUAGCGCUAAGCAGGAUCAUCGUAUUUCGGCUUUAAGAUAGAUAUUAAUGGAGGUUGCUCAGCAGAGUCUGUGAUGAGACUCGACGACAUCGCACCAAAUCCUGCAGACACUUCUCUUUUGGUCCAAUGAUUGGAAUUAUGAGUAGCCCGCCUAGCAAGGCCAGUUCUGGCCAGCCACAUGCAGAUGAGGAGGGUGAUGAUGCAAACAUUAAAUCACCAUCGAGCGGGGCAGUUAAGAACUCAACAAUAACGUCUUUCUUUAAGCCAAAGACACCAAAGUUAAGCCCCGAAAACUGUGUUAUUCAUCCAGGUAAAUCAAGGACUGCCCAAGAAUCUGUCAGGACAGGAGAUGAUGAGUGUCAAAGGUUAUUAAAGGUCAGUGGUGAAGGUCGGAAGGAGAUUGGUGAGGAGCCAAGGAAAAAUGACACUAAGAAAGCAAAGUCAUGUGACACUUCCCAAAGAGGAGCCUCUGUCAAGCCUAAUAAGCUUCAAAGGUCAAAGGUCACACACAGAGAGGACGAAGGUCAAAAAGCAAUUGGUGAGGAGCCAAGGAAGAGUGAUACUAAGAAAGGGAAGUCAUGUGACACUUCCCAAAAAGGAGCCUCUGUCAAGCCUAAUAAGCUUCACAGGUCAAAGGUCACACAGAGAGAGGAAAAUAUUGGCAUCAAGCAGGCUAAGAGUGAGGCAAAAGCGGCAGAAGAUGGGAUACAAGCCUCAAAGCCUGAAGGAAAAGGCAGCCAACCUUCAAAUAGAAAUGAAGUCAAUUAUCCACGGAAUUCAGCAUUUGUCAAACAGGAAGAGAAGUCUUCAAAGAAACGGAAGAAGGAAGAUGAGAUGGACUCAAGUUUGGAGGAUUUUGAGACUGAUUCGAGGAUGAAAAAAAGAGCCGCCCUGGAAGAUGGAAAAACUAAAGAUGCUAACCAGUCAUCAGCAGUGUCUUCUGAAAAGGAUAUGAUACUACCUAAAUCAGAAGAAGUUUUGGAUAAGAAAGAAGAUGGUGGACCUUCAAAAAUUAUUUCAUUCUUAGAUUUCUUGAAUGAAUCUUUGGGGGAGGAGCAAACACCAAGUGCCCCUGUUUCAUCAGACUGUGGAGUAGAUUCUUGCGAAAGGGCCGAUCCAGUUCAAGAACCAAACAGUCAAUCAGACAGUUGUUUUGGAACUAAAUCGCAUGCUGGGAACGAUGUCCAAGGUACUUCUGUAAAAGGCCCAAAGACUACCAAAAGGAUCUCACCGGAGAAAAGUAAAAUAAAAACUGCUGAAUCCGACAAGAAUGUACCAACCAAGAAUAGUUCACGGAAUAAACUGACUACUAAGAAGUCAAAUAAAACAAAUACACAUAAGGAGUCAAUAAAGAGCCUGAAGACUGUUGAAGAAAGUCCACAUAGUAAACCCCUUACCAUGAAAGAAACAGUAGUAAAAGAAGACAAGCAUUCAAUAGAAGACUCCUCAAUGGGUCUAUGUAAUGACGACAGUGUGUUGACAAUUUCUUAUUCUGAGUUCUUAGAUGAUGGAUCAAGCUGUACGCCAGCAAAGCAAUCACAGCUUCCUUGUUUGUCCGCUAAGAAAAAAAUUGUGAAAGUUGAGGCUGAAAUCCACAACCAACCUCACUUGAAUAGUUUGAGUGCUUCAGUUACAAGCGAUACUAGUCUGAUAGAUUUGUGCCUUUCUCCUGAGGAAACGUCAAGCAAACACUCCAAUGGGAGAACUUCUAACGUGGUUGUGAAUAUUUCAGAUUUAGAUCUGAGAAUUGUUUGCACAGACGAGAUAUCAGCACCAACUACUUCUAAAUCGAAAACAGUCUACAGCAUCUUCCAGAAAAAAGGUCCCACAGAAAACCAAACAAAAACUGACUUGAGCACAAAUUCAAAAGAAGAGGCGAAAGCUGAGCAAGAAAUAUCUCCUGUCAAACGUAAACGCGGACGACCAAGGAAAAAACCUCAAGAUGUGGUUGCCAGUGAAGCAGAUGAUACAAAUGAUGUGAAUCAAAAGAACAACGAACCUCUGACAAAAGAAUUACCCCAAAAAACAAAUAAGAAAUCAUCUAAGAAAGCUCUGUUUAAUGAUGAGACAGAGGCACAACUAACAGAAGAGGAGUUUGAAGGGGAAGUGAGCUUAAAGAGGAGUAAAAGGCAACAACUGACGAGAAGGAAGAGUAUUGCUGCUGAGGGUAAUGGAAAAAGAUGUCAUAAAAAGUCUUCUAAGGUUCCAGAUUCGACUGUCAUCACCUCUACACCAAAGUCAAAGAACAAUAAGGAGAUAAAAGCUCAGCAAUUAUUGCGGAGAGCUAAGUCUCGACAGAAGAACAAAGCCACUACGCCUCCAUCCUGUGAAGUGAAAGAAAUGGACCAAUCCGCCAUUAGUCGUCCACAGAGUGACAAGCAGCAGAAGGUGACAAAAGCGGCACAAUUAUUGCGUAGAGCGCAUUCUCGACAGAUACAUAAAACCACUCCAGCCUGCAAAGUGACAAAAGUUGACGGAUCUUCCAAGACGAUUUCAAGGAAUGAUAAUCAGAAGUUCUGUUCCUCGAGACAAACACCAGAAAAGGAAACUAAGAAGAAGAAACCAAGGGAUCUGUCUGAAGUGUUAGGGAAGAAAGCGGUCGCCAAGAAAGAGGUCGUGGAGGACAAUAAAGUAAAGCAAACAACAAAGCGGGUAACGGUGAAAGAAAAACCUCUUCCAGGAGAAGUUGAAGAGAAAAGAAAACCAGUUGCCUUGGCAUCCAUGUUCACCAAGGAAGGACGACUUGCUCUCGCCAAAAAGCAGAAGUCCCAAGGGAGUUUGAACCUUGACCCCUGUGUGAUAUCCAUGGAGGAUGAGACGAGUAGGGACAGCGUUAGGAGCGAGAGCAGCGUGGAUUGGGGAGAUAGAGGGCUCAGCUCUGUCAUCCUACGCAAGGAGAGUGAUUGCGAUCGUUACUACCCACCAUUUCCAACAAUCAGUCAUGUAUUUCAAAUGGAUCAAGAAAUGACAACCGACUUGAACUGGUGGAAACUGCCUGCUCCGAGGACUUUCGGAAAAUUCUCAAUUAAAGAUGUCAUUGUGCACUCAAGAGCCGGCCAGCGCCCUUUGAGACUUGGGGAGUUUUCCCUGUGCAGAUGUAUUGAAAGUGGUGUAGACGUGUCAAAGAGCUUUAGUGGUCACCGUGAGCUGGGCUAUGAUCUCCAGAGGUUAAUCCUAAGCCAGAUCAAGGAGGAUAAUCCACGGUUCCCGGUCAACAGGGUCUUCAAGCGUUACCUUGCUAAACGGAAAGGUGAAGCAGCAUUGCCUAAAGUCAGUCAAGCAGCCCCCAAACUAAAGAGUGGAUUACAAGAAGACGCAGGGUUCACCAAGCUCAAGUCAGAGAAGCCGUCCUCGGCCAAACGCAAGUCAGACGUCCCAGAGCAGCGAGAGAAUUCCAAGCGGAGGAAAGUCUCACAGCAAGACUCGGCGGAGAACUCUGAAACAGGAGUCGUCCAGAGGAUACGAUUAAGGAGAAGAAGUAGUAGAUGGGUCAUUAAGGAUGAUGAUGAAGAAGAAGAAGAAAAGAAAGAAGACGUCGCCAAGAAGUCAAAGCUCAGAAGAAGUUCCCGGGAGCCGCAGCUGGUAGCCAGUAGCAACGGAGAUCACAAUGAUGGUGGUGCAAAGAAUGGAAGGGCUUUAAGGACAAGGAAAGGGAAGAAUACAGCCAAGGAUACAGCAGGGAAGGAUGGGAAGAAAGAAGGAAUCACCAAAAUGGACGAAGCAAAGAUUCAGGAAAAUCAAACUGACAAGCUAGCUAGCCUUGCAUGGACAGAGAAGUACCAGCCAGCGUGCAGUGCUGAAAUGAUCGGCAACGCAGCAGCUAUGAAACGUCUGUCUGGAUGGAUGAUGGAAUGGAAGAAGAGAACAGCGAGAAUUAAGAAGAAGAUGAAAAAACAGCGAGGCAGACAACAGAACAAGGCAUUCCUUGUUUUGCCGGCAGAGGAUAGUGACAGUGAUUUUGACAUUUGGAGUGACAGUGACAAUAGUGACAGUGAUAACGAUGACGAUUCUCUUGGUAAUUCCAUGAUGCUUACUGGUCCUACUGGGUGUGGAAAGACGGCUGCUGUGUAUGCAUGCGCAAGGGAACUCGGCUUCAAGGUAUUUGAGGUGAACGCAUCUUCCAAGCGCACCGGGAGGCAGAUACUGGCUGACCUAGGAGAAGCUACCCAAUCACAUCAUCUCUCAACAAAUCACUAUGGCAACAACAACAGCUCCCUGAAGAGUUUCUUUCCAUCCAAGUCCCCGUCGAAGACUGGCGACAAGAAGGAAGUGAAGAAGGCUACACCUAUCCCAAAAGCCUUUGCAGCUUUUUACAAAGCUGGAGCCAAGGCUACAUCAGCCAAUCAGAACACCAAAACAAGCAAAGCUACAAACGAGACUGCCAAGAAGGCGCAAAACAAAACGAAGCCUGGACCAAAAAGCAAGGAAGCUACAAACCAGAAACAACCAGCGGCGAUCUCAAACGCUACAGAGAGUGUAUCAGAACAACGACUAACCAGCACCUCACUUAUUCUGUUUGAAGAUGUGGAUGUUGUAUUUGAUGAAGACAAAGGAUUCUUGUCUGCUAUUAACACCUUCAUGAAGACAACAAAGCGACCAAUCAUACUAACGACAUCGGAUUCACAUUUCUCGGAGGCAUUUGAAGAGUGCUGCGAAAUGGUUACAUUCCAUAAACCACCUUCUUCGCUACUAGCAACGCAUCUUCAGCUACUCUGUCUCGCAGAGAACAUCUACGCUUCUCAUGCCAACCUGAAGCAUGUUGUGUCACUCCUUGACCGAGAUGUGCGCCGGUGCUGGUUGACGACGCAGUAUUGGGCCAUCUCAGGGGCUGGACGAAUCACUCGCAGUGUCCGGAUAGUGGAUCCUCAAGCUCAAGAUAAAACACUGGAUAAAGAAUCUGUGGUAACAAAGACCAAAGAGCCUACAGAAUGUACAGUACAGAGCGGCUGUUUCGAGAGCUUACUAGGAUUGUGCAAUUUGACCUCUGUGAAUGGUGAAAUUAUGGCAAUGUUGAAGGCACAUAAUCUUUUGUCUGUCCAUGUGAGAGCCAGUGCUGCUAAGAUAUUCCACAAGGAAGGCGACACUUGUCUGCUGUUCAACCACGUGGACUCUUUGCUGCCACGGGCAAACUGUAAACAAUAUGCAAAUCAGGGAAUCACCAUUGACCAAUCACAGACGGCCAAUGAAGUACAGGCAACCAAUCAGAGAACUCAUCAGGUCUUAAACUACAAGCUGGUCACAUCGCUGGCUGCAUUUGCAGACGACAUAUCCUUCAUGGAUUCCCAUUUUUACUCUCAACAUGAUGGCAAGAAACUUAACGGCGAGGGCUGGUGGACCUCCCACACCAAACCAAGUAUCACACUUGAAUCUUCAGAAACGGACGUCUGUAUCGCCGUGCCAGAGGAAACCACUGCCUCACUGCGGGGAUAUCUAGAAGUCACUAGCUUUGAUCGAUGCUGUAGGAAGUACAGAGAGGUCGCUAAGCAGUUUGAAUCCUUGGACACGCCAUCAAACAGUUUCUCCAACACGCAUGACGUUCCAGCAAAUAUCGACAGCCGUCUCAAAUUCAAACAGGAGGACCUCACAAAAUGUCCAGAGAUGUACUCCACCAUUGUGAGCAGACUGCCUUUGAACACCCACUGUAACCACCAUGCUGUUGCAAUGGAUUAUCUGCCUAUACUUAGAUGCAUAUGCAGGUCGGAGAAGCUCAGGGAAGAAUUGAAGAUUAAAAGGAGGUUCUUGCAUUACUUGGAGUCUCUCUCACUCAAUAUCAAGCAUACAGACCGGAUUGCUCUGUGCAGCAUCAUGGAACGAUCACCAAGACCACAUUGUGAAGAUGAGAGGAUAGCUAAACUUGAGGCAUGAAUUGUGUAACACAAGGGAGACAUUGCCUUUGGAUCGGUCGAGUUGGUCCAUGAAAAAGCUUUUGAAACCAAUUGUUUAUAAAAUGCAUA